AUGAUGUCCAUGAACAGCAAACAGCCGCACUUCGCCAUGCACCCGUCCUUACCCGAGCACAAGUACACCACCCUACAUUCCAGCUCGGAAGCCAUUAGGAGAGCCUGUCUGCAAACUCCACAGCUGCAGAGUAACAUAUUCGCGAGCCUCGAUGAGACCCUGCUGGCCCGCGCCGAAGCUCUGGCGGCCGUGGACAUCGCCGUGUCGCAGGGCAAGACGCACCCGUUCAAGCCCGACGCGACCUACCACACGAUGAACACCGUGCCAUGCUCGUCGACCUCCACCGUGCCACUGGCCCACCACCACCAUCACCACCACCACCACCACCACCCCCACCAGAACCUGGAGCCUCCGGACUUAAUGGACCAUAUCACCUCGCCGUCUUUGGCCCUCAUGAGCGCGCACGACGGGGCCGGGGGAGGAGGCGGCGGCGGCGGAGGAGGAGGCGGCGGCGGCGGCGGAGGGCUCCUCUCCACCGCCGCUCACCCGCACUCGCACAUGCACGGCUUGAGCCACCUCUCCCACCAGGCUGCUAUGAACAUGAAUUCCCCCCUCACCCACCACGGUCUCUUACCUGGCCACCACGGAGGGGGUCAGGGGGGUCCGGGGCUGACUAAUAACGGACUGCCCUCCAUCAACGACUCGGACACGGACCCUAGGGAACUGGAGGCGUUCGCGGAGCGGUUCAAACAGAGGAGGAUCAAGCUGGGGGUGACCCAGGCGGACGUGGGCGGCGCCCUGGCUAAUCUUAAAAUCCCCGGCGUGGGCUCUCUGAGCCAAAGUACAAUUUGUCGAUUCGAGUCGUUAACUCUGUCCCACAACAACAUGAUCGCGCUCAAGCCCAUCCUGCAGGCCUGGCUGGAGGAGGCCGAGGGGGCCCAGAGGGAGAAACUGAGCAAACCGGACAUUUUCAACGGGGGGGAAAAGAAACGCAAGAGGACCUCGAUCGCGGCGCCCGAGAAGAGGUCCCUGGAGGCUUACUUCGCGGUGCAGCCCCGACCGUCGUCCGAGAAAAUAGCGGCUAUCGCCGAAAAGUUGGACCUCAAAAAAAACGUGGUGCGCGUGUGGUUUUGUAACCAAAGACAGAAGCAAAAGAGGUUGAAAUUUUCCGCCGCCCACUGA